AAACAAAAACAGUCAGAUAUGAAAGACGAAAUAGCGUUUAAUGUGUAAUGCAGAAUGACUUUAUUUACUUUAAAAACGCGGUUUUACACGGCAACUAAGCACCACAAUUUCUCUGUGGUUUUGCUGAAUAUUGUAGCCUAGCCAUCCUAGUUAUUUUAAUCUGACAACAACACAGCCAUAACAAACAAUACAUAAACUGAAGUUAAACUCAUAACGCCUCGAUGUGUAUGCAACGUUAACGAUGCUCAGUUUUCUUUAUGCCAGGCAGUCAGGGCUUGACGAUCCGGUUCGUCUGAGACGUGCAGAGUCCACACGAAGGGUCCUGAGUCUGGAGUUGAACCACGACAGAGAUGUUGAUCGUAUCCAUGGCAACGGCAUUAACAGCCUGGACAUUGAAGCUAUUGAAGGAAGAUAUAUGUUAUCAGGUGGAUCUGAUGGAGUAAUUGUGGUCUAUGACCUGGAAAAUAGCAGCAAGAAACCUCAUUACACUUGCAAAGCAAUCUGCACAGUAGGCAGGUCCAGCCGGUAUGUGCAUAAAUUCAGUGUAGAAACAGUGCAGUGGUACCCACAUGACACUGGUAUGUUCGUAUCCAGCUCAUUUGACAAAACCAUGAAAGUCUGGGACACAGAAACUCUGAAGCCAGCUGAGGAGUUCCAGUUUGAUGGCAAUGUCUACUGCCAUCACAUGUCUUCUAUAGCUAGGAAGCACUGUCUUAUAGCAGUUGGUACUAAAGACCCUAAAGUGCAGCUUUGUGAUCUGAAGUCUGGGUCUCGCAUCCACAUUCUACAGGGUCACAGGGGUGAGAUCCUUUCAGUGAGAUGGUCUCCACGAUAUGAGCACAUCCUGGCCACUGCCAGCACCGACAGCAGGGUCCGCGUCUGGGACGUUAGGAGAGCUACAGGGAGUCUUUUCACUUUGGAUGAACACAAUGGGGACAAAUCCAAAGUUUCAUCUGAAGGAGUGAAUACAGCCCACAAUGGGCGAGCGAAUGGAUUGUGCUUCACAGAUGACGGACUUUAUCUCCUCACCACGGGCACAGACGAUCGUAUGCGGCUGUGGAAUAGUGCCACGGGGGAGAACACGCUAAUAAACUAUGGAAAGGUUGUAAAUGAGAGCCGGAAAGGCCUCAAGUUCACCGUAUCGAAGGGCUGCAACCCGGAGUUUGUGUUUGUGCCAUGUGGGAGCUCGGUGGCAGUCUAUGGGCUUCACUCGGGAGAGCUGAUCACCAUGCUGAGAGGACAUUAUAAUUAUGUAGACUGUUGUGAGUUUCAUCCAGAUUACCAGGAACUGUACAGUGGAGGUAAAGAUUGUAACAUCCUGGCCUGGGUCCCAGUGCUAAGACAGCCUGACAUGGAAGAUGAAGGAAGCAACACUGCAAAGGGUGGACCACAAGCUGCUAUCAAUCCUGCUUUUGAAGAUGCUUGGAGCAGCGAUGAAGACUAACAGUCCAGCUCUUUGUUAAUGAAAACCCACAUAAACCACUAUAUACAUUC